UACACGAAUUCACACUGAGGAAGGACAUUCUCUAGCCAUCAGUUUCCACCGUACGGACUUGAGAACUGGAGAGAGUUCCGGAUGGUUGACAAUUGUUCGGGGUCCUCCCUAAUUGUUGUCGCACUUUCCGCAAGGUCUGAGACUGAUCCAUCGUUCGAGAAAAAUUCUUUGAUCUGAUCCGCUGUAUAGCUUCCGUCCGAUCUUUCUGUUAUCUUUGUUGUCCCCUAAUGCUGACACUGGAACUUCUCAUUCAGUCAGUAUAAAUGGGAGACACGUUGAGUUACCCUAACUCAAUUAAGAAUUCUAAGACAAGCAAUCUCGUCACUGGAAAAAAAACAUAUAAUAAAUCUCUGGUUGCGUCUCGCCCUAAAAGUUUUGCCCAGAAAAACUAUGAACAGCUUGUUUCGCUGACUCAUGGUGGCUUUGGAAGUAGAACUGUGGGUCAUUUGACCUUUUUCUUACUUAAAGUUGCUGCAUUAGAAAGUGUAAGGAGGUUCUCGAAAAACAGGUGCCCAAUUGUAUGGAGAGGCCUUCAGGCUUUACAAAUCCUUUGCUAUCCACCGUUCAAAUGGAUUCAGAGGUGGGAACCCUUCAAAGGUUUGGUCAAAAGCAUGCAGAUCCUAUCAAGACCAUUACUUGUUCUUUCAAUUGCGACGGCUUUUAAUGACCAAUCGGAAUGUAGUGAUGGAAUGACAGAUUGUCAUUCUGAUUCCUCUGAUUCAGAAGUAUGCUCAGAAUCAUCUUCAGUGCAGACUAAUUCACAUACAAGUCAUUGUGAGACAGAUCCUCAAAUUUUAGAAUCUGAAAAGUGGUUGAUUCAACUGUACAAAGAACUGGAAAAUCAAGGGAUCACACUGUCAGAAAGAAUUGAUGAGAAUGAGCUCCGGAGGUUUUAUACAGCUUCUAACAAUGACUUUUCAAGCUUCCUUGCCUCAGUCAAGAGAACAAUUCUCUGGAGGGAAACUUACAGAAUUCUUUCAGGAGAAGAGCUGGAAAUGUGGUCAGAUUUGGUGUUUUGGCAUGGUUCUGAUGUGAUGCACCGACCCUGCCUCAUUGUCAGGCUUGGGAUCGCUUGCAGAACUUUGGUAUCACAAGAUAGAGCUCGAUUUUCUCAGGCAGUCAUAUCACAGGUAGAAUAUGGAGUCCUGCACUUGGUUGAUUCUGACCACCCUCAAGUUACAGUAUUGGUGGACUGUGAAGGGUUAUCUCCAUUGAGAAUUCCCAUGCAAAUGAUGAGAUCUUGUUCUUCCCUUCUGCAAGAUCACUUUCCUAACCUUCUUGGUUGUUUGCUUGUCAUACGACUUCCAGCAGUUGUUCGUGUUGUUGCUCAGACUUUUAUUCAAGUUUUGAAGCCGGUUACGAGGAAAAAGUUGAAGAUAGAAGGAGAGAUGUAUCAGAAGGUUCUUUAUGACUUUCUGCCCACUCUGCCAUCAUAUCUUGGAGGUAAAUGCACUUGCAUGAAAUGUUCUAAAUCUGGCAGGAGGAAUAUGCAAUUACCUUAUGCAACUGGGACCAGCAGCGGGAUAGAUAGUGAAGCUGAUAUUAGUGACAAUGAGGAUUCACCAUCGUCACAUCCAUCCCUUGAAUUAGAUGGCCACCUACUUGGUAAUUAUGACCAAUUAUUGAGAACCGCUAUCUUAAGUGUUCUCAUGUUUUGGGUUUUCAUUGCUUUUAGUGCUGGAUUAUUUGAUCCUAGUGGUCGUCAUUUGCCCUUGUGAUGCAAGACUUGCCAGCCUAACUUUUACUCGUAGGUGAAUGCUUUGUUUUUUUUGUUUUUUUGUUUUGGGGGAGAACCUAGAGCACAAUGGCGUCUUGCAAUCCAUGUAGCCGACCCCACCUAGUGUGAUAAAGGCUUGUUGUUGUUGUUGUUGUUGUUGUUGUUUUGGGGGAGAACCUAAUAGGUGGAGUGUGCUCUCUUUCCUUUUUGUUUUCUUGAAUCAGUAUGUGGUGUUAUCACCCGUGCCUUCCCCUGGAAAACACUUCAUUCAGCUU